CAGUUCCCGAGCUCAACAUGAGGCAGCUCUCCAGGAACAGCUGCAAGCUCGGGCUGCUUCCCCUGCAGCCCUUCAUCCCUGGGGACGACUACCUGCAGUCUGGGCAUUUCCUGGAGACCAUCUGGGCUAAGGACGGCUGCGGAAUCGUCACGGCACAAAAAAAGGAUAUACUUCCGGGGACUGUUGAAAAAAUUAGAGAUUACACACACACACACGUGUGCACACAUACACACAAUGAUUGAAGCAAGGU